AUGAAUCUCUCACUAACUGACCCCUUUGUUCUCGCACAAGACUACCCUGAAUCCACCACCAGCAGCCUUCGCAGCGGGCAUGCGUGCGCUCUGCGAUUCAAUCGCAAAGGUGACUUUCUAGCUGCCGGACGCGCCGACGGUGUCGUCGUUAUCUUCGAUGUGGAAACGCAAGGAGUGGCCCGCAAGCUGAAAGGACAUACACGGCAGAUACAGUCACUGAGCUGGUCGCGCGACGGGAGAUAUCUUCUGACGUCGAGCCAAGAUUGGAAGUGCAACUUGUGGGAUCUUCAGGAUGGCAGUAUCCUGCGGAGUGCUAGGUUUGAGGCGCCAGUAUAUAUCGCAGAGUUACAUCCCUGGAACCACCUUAUGUUCAUAGUGUCGCUUUUUGAAGAACAGCCUCUUCUGGUUGAUGCCUCUGAGCCGGAGGUCGUGAAGUACAAUCUUUCUUCAGCGCCAAAACGCAUGCCGGAUGAGAAGGUUACAGAUAAGCAGGCUGCGCAAGAUGCGAAACAGACCACGACAGUCUCGGUUUUUACGGCCUCGGGAAAUCAUAUAGUGGCGGGUACAAAUAAAGGAUGGCUGAAUAUAAUUGAGGUGGCUACACGUUCGACUAUCUACUCUACGAAAAUUUGCGCCGGCGUGGUCAUAUUUUUGCGUCUUACGAGCUCUGGGAGGGAUAUCGUGAUCAAUGCUUCGGACAGAAUUAUCCGCACGAUACAGUUGCCCGAUCUGUCUGCAGACCCAGACACAAUUGAUAUUGAAGUCGAGCACAAAUUCCAGGAUGUCGUUAACAGACUGUCCUGGAACCAUGUAGCAUUCAGUUCCACCGGGGAGUAUGUGACGGCCUCAACCUACAAUAACCACGAUAUUUACAUCUGGGAACGUAAUCAUGGCAGCUUGGUCAAGAUCCUCGAGGGCCCCAAGGAGGAACAUGGAGUUGUGGAAUGGCAUCCCCAUCGGCCCUUGAUCGCGGCUUGUGGGCUGGAAACUGGAAGGAUUCAUAUUUGGUCCAUCAUCCCUCAACAACGAUGGUCAGCACUGGCGCCAGAUUUUGUGGAAGUCGAAGAGAAUGUCGAAUACAUGGAGCGCGAAGAUGAGUUUGAUAUCCAUCCGCAAGAGGAAAUUCAUAAACGAAGAUUGGACCUGGAGGAUGAAGAUAUUGACGUCUUGACAGUGGGACCCGUGAAGGGUUUGGAGGAAGAGAAUGCAUUCAGAAUGCCGGUGCAGCUGGACCUUCAGGAUAGCGAGGGGGAAGAAGAAUUCGUUACCAUCGGGCGGGGCGAGAUGAGAAGGAAAAGCCCGACGGAGGGGAGAGAAUAUAUACUUGAUUCGGAGGUGAUUGGUAGUGCUGACGAAGUACCUAAGAAGGCGAAAACGAAGAGCAGAAAGAGGUGA